UACCAUAGCAACAGGUGUUGAUUUCUCAUAACGCAAAUCCAAUGUUCCAAUUCCGUCACUCUCCCUUGCGACAAACUUUCAGAUAAUGUCUCUAAUUCCAAGCUUCUUCAGCGGUCGACGGAACAACAUGUUCGACUUGUGGGAUCCGUUCCAAGACUUCCCAUUCACCGGCGGUGCUCUAUCGGUUCCCGGAGAAACGGCGUCGUUCGCGAACACUCGCAUUGAUUGGAAGGAGACCCCGGAGGCCCACGUCUUCAAGGCCGAUCUUCCUGGGGUAAAGAAAGAGGAAGUGAAGGUAGAGGUUGAGGAAGGGAGGAUUUUGCAGAUCAGUGGAGAUAGGAGUGUUGAGAAGGAGGAGAAGAAUGACAAGUGGCACCGAGUGGAGCGCAGCAGCGGCCAGUUCAUGAGGCGGUUCAGGUUGCCGGAGAAUGUGAAGGUGGAGGAGGUGAAGGCUGCCAUGGAGAAUGGUGUUCUUACUGUUACUGUUCCGAAGGCAGAGGUCAAGAAACCCGAUGUCAAGGCUAUCGAUAUUUCUGGUUGAGAAUUACGUACAUGAACUUAUAUGAUUAAAGCUUAAUUUUUGAGCUCAAUUUUAUCCCUGUCUUAAAAUGCAUCAUAAAAGGAAGAGCAUGCUUUGAGGGCUUUUUGUAGAAAAUAAUGAACAAUGCAGUCCCAACUUUUCCUGUU